UCUAUCAAACCCACCGCCUUACUGAAAAACCACCGAGAAGCAACCCACGGGGAAAGAGAGAGACGGAGUUGCAAAUCCUACAAACCAAAGCGUGAAUAUAAAAACUUGUUACCAUAUAUUAACUUCCACGGUUAAAUCUGCAAACAUAACAAGAAGAAGAAGAGAUACAAAGCAAAAUCCAACUCUUUUCUCUUUCUUUUCUUCUCAUUCCCAGUCAUCAAUUUUUUCCUUUCAAGUCACUCUUUUCAAAUAGAUAUAAAACUUCAUUUCAAUUCCCAAAAGAAACCCAGAAAAAAUAUCACAAAUUUGUCCAUUAAACAGUGAAAAGAAAGGUUUUUGUUUUGAAGAAGAAUGGCAAGUGGGGAUUUAGAAAGAGGAGGAGGAGGAAGUAAUGGGAAGAACAGGGCAAAUAACUAUUACCAAUCUUCUCCGUACCAUGUUGAAAGUACUGAAAAGCAAUGGACUUCAUGGCUUGUUCCGAUGUUUGUGGUGGCCAAUGUUGCUGUUUUUGUUGUGGUGAUGUAUAUCAAUAAUUGUCCUAAGAACAAUCUGGGAUUUGAAGGAGGCUGUGUGGCUAAGUUUCUUGGCAGGUUUUCUUUUCAGCCUUUGAAAGAAAAUCCUCUCUUUGGUCCUUCUUCUAAUACAUUGGAAAAAUUGGGAGCACUAGAGUGGAACAAGGUAGUGCAGGGAAAUCAAGGAUGGAGGCUUAUCACUUGCAUCUGGCUUCAUGCAGGUGUUAUUCAUUUGCUAGCAAACAUGUUGAGCUUGGUCUUCAUUGGAAUACGCCUUGAACAGCAAUUUGGAUUUGUUUGUGUUGGGCUUAUCUAUCUAUUGUCUGGUUUUGGUGGGAGCAUACUAUCUUCUCUUUUCAUUCAGCGUAACAUUUCUGUUGGUGCCUCUGGUGCUUUAUUUGGCCUUCUUGGGGCAAUGUUAUCAGAGCUUCUGACUAACUGGACUAUCUAUACAAAUAAGGCUGCAGCUCUGAUCACACUCGUGAUCAUCAUUGCCAUCAACUUAGCAGUAGGGAUUCUUCCUCAUGUUGACAACUUUGCACAUAUUGGAGGUUUCUUGUCGGGCUUUCUCCUUGGUUUUGUUUUGCUGCUUCGUCCCCAAUUUGGGUGGGUAGGACGUCAGCAUCUUCCUGCUGGUGCUCGUGUAAAAUCUAAGUACAAGGCAUACCAAUAUGUUUUCUGGGUCAUUGCUCUGGUUUUACUUUUUGUUGGCAUCACAGUUGGGUUGGUAAUGCUGUUUAGAGGAGAGAAUGGAAACGACCAUUGCAGCUGGUGCCAUUACCUGAGCUGUGUGCCUACAUCAAAAUGGCACUGUGGAAACUAAUGGAACAUUACCUAGACUUCACCUCGCUCACUAAUUCUUUCCUGAUUUCCUUUUAAUAUUUUAUUCAUUUGUUCAUUUCUUUGAGUUGGUAUUUGCCUAUGUAUAUGCAUAGUUUUUGACUCUUGAGAUUAUCUUUGGGCAUCAGGAUAUUCACUGUUAUUGUAUGCUUGACAUUUUUAUACAUGAUAUAUAUAUAUAUAUAUGUUAUGAUUGUACGCAAUGCAAAUUUACUUAGAAAGUAUAGACAAAUG